CACCCGACGGUGCUUUUCUGGCAUCAGUGAUUGACAUGCUCGACAACAACACAAAGCAUCUCAGGCAGACUGAUUCAUUUUAGUUUGUAACUGAAGCCGAGAUGCCCGAUCAAAAUUCAGGCGACCAAUAUUCGACGUGGGUCGGUUUGAUAUAUGUUUUCAACUUGAUCGUUGGCACAGGGGCUUUGACAUUACCUGCUGUUUUUAGUAAAGCAGGAUGGGCUCUUGGAUUAAGUAUAAUUUUAAUAUUAGCGUUCAUAAGCUUUAUCACAGUUACAUUUGUCAUCGAGGUAAUGGCAUCUGCCAAUGCUAUAGUAACUUGGCGACACAUUCAAUAUCGAAAGCGAGUAUGUUUUUCUCAAGAUUCGUCUUUCAACGAAUCAGAAUCUGAGGUACAACAAUGUUUAGGCGAAUCUGGGUCGCCAAAUUCAGAUUCCGAAGAUACUCCGCUUGUUACACCAUUUUUAAAUAAUCCCGAUUACGCAGACAUGACAUAUCGAUAUUAUGUAAUUUCUGAUAAAAUAGAGAUGGGUCAGAUGGCAACAAUUUUUUUUAAUAAGUUUGGCACAACUCUAUUCUAUCUGUGUUUUGUUACGUAUCUUUAUGGAGAUCUGAGUAUUUACGGAGCAGCCGUUGCAAAGACUCUAGCUGGUGUUGCUUGUACCUAUCAGCCAAUGAACUAUACGUGUAAUGAUACAAUACCAGAUACUGAAAUUUGUUGGGAAGAAUACACUCUUAAUCGUCAACAUGCAUAUAGGAUAUUUCUUAGUAUAUUUGUUUUGUUAUUGGGGCCUUUUGUAUUUUUUAAUAUUCAAAAGACCAAGUAUCUUCAACUAUUAACAUCAGCAAUGCGAUGGCUUGCAUUUACUAUCAUGAUUGUGUAUGCUUUAAAAAAUCUAUUCAUUCAUGGUGCACAAGGAAAUCCUCCAGCAGCAAAUAUCGUUGGUAUUCCUACUUUAUUUGGUGCCUGUAUUUAUUCAUUUAUGUGUCAUCAUUCUUUACCCGCGUUGGUCGCUCCAAUUGAAAAUAAGUCUACUUUAAGUCGAUUUUUAGCGCUGGAUUACCUUUUGAUAGCAUUUUUUUAUCUUUUAUUGGCAUUAACCGGAGCGUUUGCUUUUAAACAUUUAGACGACCUUUACACGUUAGACUUUAGUCCCCGCGGGUCUGGAGAUUGUUCCAAAAGUAAUAAUAUUUUUAUUAUUCUUAUAGAAUAUUUUUUGGCACUCUUUCCAGUAUUUACUUUAAGUACGAGUUUUCCAAUUAUAGCUAUUACUCUUAGAAACAAUUUAAAAUCGCUAUUCCGCGGCGAGGACGCGUCUUAUUCGUGUCUUAACAAACUUGUCUUCCCAAUAUUGACAGUGUUGCCACCGUAUCUAAUUGCUCUGAGCACCAAAGAUUUGUCUAUAUUAGUUGAAAUUACUGGAUCAUACGCUGGAGCAGGAAUUCAGUAUUUGAUUCCAACAUUUUUGGUGUAUUAUGCUAGGCAAAAGACAAAUAAAGUUAUAGGUCUCGGUGUUGUUAACAAAUUUGCAAGUCCGUUUUCUAGUCAUUAUUGGCUCGUGUUUGUUGUAAUUUGGGCUAUCGCUUGCAUGAUUCUAGUAUCUGUCAAUUUUAUACAAGUGCAUAAGAAUUUUACAGAAUAAUCUACUUUGAAUAAAAAGCUAUAAACUAUAAAAUCAAAAACAUUAGAAGAAAAAAGGGAUUACAUAAUGGUGCAGAAUGUAUUAUUCUAUUUAAAAAAUUUUUAAAUACUACAGGAUGUAUACAUAUCUAAAAUAAUUUCAUUUAAUCUAAAAUUUAAUCAUUUGCAAUAGCCUUCAUAAUUGUUAAUAUGAUGUUAAUGAUUUUAAUAUUUAAUGUAUUUUUUUUUAACGUUAGAAUCAUGAUCGAAAUAUGUGAAAUAUUCAACAAUUUCAGUAACAAGUUUACUAAUAUGUAAACGACCGUUUUAAAAAAUUUUCUUGUACUUAUUAUUCAAAAUGAAGGAUAACUUAGAUAUAGAAUGUCAGUAGAGAUGAAUGACUGUCAUUGAUAUCAGGAGAUAUUAAUAUUAUUUCUAUUGUUUCCUUUCCAUUAGCACCAUUAUC